AGACCACGGGGGCAAGAGGCCGGGGCAGGGAUCCUGGGUGAGUGCUUCUAUCGCGCAGGAUGAGGCCGUGGCUCCUGGUGCCUGUCCUCUGCGCUGGGAUCCUGGUGGGGGCGCCCCUACUGCGGGCCCAACCUGGAGAAAGAGUGACCUGCACGCAUCUUUAUGCCGCUGACAUUGUUUUCCUGCUGGAUGGCUCCUCCUCCAUUGGCCGCAACAACUUCAAAGAAGUGCAGGGAUUCUUGGAGGGGCUGGUGCUGCCUUUCUCAGGGGCAGCUAGUGCCCAGGGAGUGCGCUUUGCCACGGUGCAGUACAGUGAUGACCCACGGACAGAAUUUGACCUGGAUGCACUUGGCUCUGGGGGUGAUGUGAUCCGUGCCAUCCGAGCGCUCACCUACAAGAAGGGCAACACUCGCACAGGGGCCGCACUGCUCCACGUGUCUGACCACAUCUUCCGGACCCAGCUGUCCCGACCUGGCAUCCCCAAGAUCUGCAUCCUGGUCACUGACGGGAAGUCCCAGGACCUGGUGGAUGCAGCUGCCCAGCGGGUGAAGGAGCAGGGCGUCAAGCUGUUUGCUGUGGGGAUCAAGCACGCUGACUUUGAGGAGCUGAAGCGAGUUGCUUCCCAGCCAAGCAGUGAUUUCUCGUUCUUUGUCAAUGACUUUGGCAUCUUGAGGACACUGCUGCCCCUCAUUUCCCGGAGAGUGUGCACAACUGCUGGGGGCGUGCCUGUAACCCUGCCAUCUGAUGACUUGACGUCUGGGCCCCGGGACCUGGUGCUGUCCGAGCUAGGCAGUCAGUCCUUGAGAGUACAAUGGACUGCAGCUAGUGGCCCUGUGACUGGCUACCGGGUCCAUUACCACCCUCUGUCAGGGCUUGGACGGCCACUACCAAAUGAGCGAAAGGAGGUGGAAGUCCCAGCUGGCGAGACCAGUGUGUGGUUGCGAGGGCUGCGGCCUCUGACUGAGUACCAGGUGACCGUGGUUGCUCUCUAUGCCAACAGCAUCGGGGAGGCCGUGAGUGGGACUGCUCGCACCACUGCCCGGGCGGGACCAGAGGUGACCAUCCAGAACACCACAGCCCAUAGCCUCCUGGUGGCCUGGCAGAGUGUGCCAGGUGCCACUGGCUACCGUGUGACAUGGCGCACCCUCAGUGGGGGCACCAUAAAGCAGCAGGAGCUGGGCCCUGGACAGGGCUCAGUGUUGCUGCGUGACCUGGAACCCCACACAGACUACGAGGUGACCGUGAGUGCCAUGUUUGGCCAUAGCGUUGGGCCGGUCACUCCCCUCACUGCAAGCACUGACUCCUCUGUGGAGCAGACCUUGAGCCCUGUCAUCCUGAGCCCCACAGCUGUCCUCCUGUCCUGGAAUUUGGUUCCCGAGGCCCGUGGCUAUCGGCUGGAGUGGUAUCGAGAGAGUGGCCUAGAGCCACCGCAGAAGGUGGUACUGCCUGCAGAUGUGACCCAUUACCAGCUGACGGGGCUGCAGCCUGGCACUGAGUAUCGCCUCACGCUCUAUACUCUGCUGGAGGGCCGUGAGGUGGCCACACCUGCUAUGGUGGUCCCCACUGCAGGGCCGGAACAGCCCCUGGGCCCUGUGAGGGACCUGCAAGUGACUGAACUGCCUGGGCAGCGGGUGAGAGUGUCUUGGAGUCCAGUCCCUAGUGCCACCGAGUACCGAGUCACUGUGCGCAGCACCCAGGGUGAGGGGGUUGAGCGCACCCUGGUGCUUCCUGGGAGCCAGACUACCUUCGACUUGGAUGACGUUCGGGCAGGGCUUAGUUACACUGUGCGGGUGUCUGCUCGCAUGGGCCCCCAGGAGGGUGAAGCCAGCAUUCUCACCAUCCGCCGAGAAUCAGAAGCACCUCUUGCCAUCCCAGUACUUCAGGUUGUGCUGUCAGAUGCAACCAGAAUACGGGUGGCCUGGAGCCCCAUUCCUGGAGCCAGUGGAUUUCGGAUUAGCUGGAGAACAGGCAGUGGUCCUGAGUCUAGCCAGACAUUGCCUCCAGACUCUACUGCCACAGACAUCCUCGGGCUGCAGCCUGGAACCUCCUACCAGGUGGCUGUGCUGGCACUUCGAGGGAGAGAAGAGGGCCCCCCCGGGGUCAUCGUGGCGCAAACUGAUCCUCUGGGCCCAGUGAGGCAAGUCCAUGUAACUCAGGCUGGCAGCUCAUCUGUCACCAUUGCUUGGACCAGGGUUCCUGGCACCACAGGAUACAGAGUUUCCUGGCGCUCAGGACACGGUCCAGAGAGAUCCCAGUUGGUUGCCGGGGAGGCCACAGUGACUGACCUAGAUGGGCUGGAGCCAGACACUGAGUAUAUAGUGCAUGUGAGGGCCCACGUAUCUGGUGUGGAAGGAGCCCCUGCUUCUGUGGUUGUGAGGACUGCUCCUGAGCCGGUGGGCAGCGUGUCAAAGCUGCAGAUCCUCAAUGCUUCCAGUGAUGUUCUGCGGGUGACCUGGGUAGGGGUCCCUGGAGCCACAGCCUACAGACUGGCGUGGGGCAGGAGUGAAGGUGGCCCCACCAGACAGCAGCUACUCCCAGGAAAUACUGACUCUGCAGAGAUACAGGGUCUGGAAGGAGGAAUCAGCUACUCGGUGGGAGUGACUGCCCUAGUCGGGGACCAAGAGGGAGCACCUGUCUCCAUUGUUGUCACUACACCACCCGAGGCUCCCAGCAUCCCGGAGACCCUUCGUGUGGUGCAGCAUGGGGAAAAUUCAUUGAAGCUGCAAUGGGACCCGGUGUCCGGGGCACGUGGCUUUCGGCUACGCUGGCGACCUGAGGGUGGUCAGGAGCAGUCACAGGUCCUGGGCCCUGAGUUCAGCAGCUACCACCUGGACAGGCUGCAGCCAAACACACGGUACCAUGUGUGGCUGAGCGUCCUGGGGCCAGCUGGGGAAGGGCCUCCCAGGGAGCUGACUGCAUACACUGAGUCACCUCGUGUCCCAAGCACUGAACUCCGUGUGGUAGACACCUCAAUUGACUCAGUCACUCUGGCCUGGACCCCAGUGUCUGGGGUGUCCAACUACGUUCUGUCCUGGUGGCCAAUCAGAGGCACCAGCCACGAUGUACCUACGACCCCACAGCCACUUCCAGGGACUUUGAGCUCCCAGAGGGUGACAGGGCUACAACCUGGGGUCUCCUAUGUCUUUUCCCUGACUCCUGUCCAGGCAGGCGUACGGGGUUCUGAGGUCUCUGUCAUGCAGAGCCCAGCGUGUCCUCAUGGCCUGGUGGACGUGGUCUUCCUGCUGCACACCACACAAGACAGUGCUCACCGUGCGGAGGCUGUGAGGCGGGUCCUAGAGCGCCUGGUGACUGCACUUGGGCCCCUCGGGCCUCAGGCUGCCCAGGUUGGCCUGCUGUCUUAUAGUCACCGGCCAUCACCACUGUUCCAACUGAAUAGUUCCCACGACCUUGGCAUCAUCUUGCAGAAGAUCCGGGGCAUCUCCUAUGCGGACCCAAGUGGAAACAAUCUGGGGGCGGCUGUGCUUGUAGCUCACAGGCAGCUCUUGGCGCCCGAUGCACCUGGACGCCGUCAGCAAGUGCCAGGGGUGAUGGUUCUGCUGGUUGAUGAGCUGCUGAGAGGUGACAUAUCCAGUCCUAUCCGUGAGGCCCAGUCUGCUGGGCUCAAGGUGAUGAUACUGGGCUUGGCGGGAGCUGACCCAGAGCAGCUGCGGCGCUUGGUGCCAGACAUGGACCCUCCCCAGAAUUUCUUUGCGGUGGAUGAUGGCCCAAGCUUGGACCAGGUGGUCGGUGACCUAGCGAGAGCCCUGUGUCAGGCAGCCUUAGCCACUCAGCCCCAGCUGGGACCUUGCUCCGUCCAUUGUCCAAAGGGCCAGAAGGGAGAGCCUGGAGCGAUGGGCCCGGAAGGACGAGCUGGGGCCCCUGGCUCCCCUGGCUUCCCGGGCAGGACUGGUGCUCCUGGUCCCCCGGGUCCCCCUGGAAGUACUAUCGCAAAGGGCGAGAGGGGCUUCCCUGGAGUGGAUGGGCCUCCAGGCAUCCCUGGUCAACCUGGGACUCCUGGGACCCCUGGUCUGAAGGGCUCCCCAGGGCUGCCCGGCCCUCGCGGGGCACCGGGAGAGCAAGGGCCUCGAGGCCUGAAGGGGGAGCCGGGGGAGCCUGGGUAUGUCACUGGGGACUUGGGACCAGCGCUUCCUGGGAGAAAAGGGGAACCUGGACCUUCAGGCCCCCCUGGACCUCGCGGCCCUUCGGGGGGCCUAGGACCUCGUGGCCCCCCAGGGCUUCCUGGAUCAGCUGUAAAGGGUGACAAAGGCGAUCGUGGGGAGCGGGGUCCACCUGGACCAGGUGUGGGUGGCACUGCUUCUGGAGAGCCUGGGCUGCCGGGUCUUCCUGGAAAUCCUGGACCCCAAGGCCCAGUUGGCCCUGCUGGAGAGAAAGGAGAAAAGGGUGUCUGUGAAGAUGGAGCCCCAGGCCUCCCAGGGCAGCCUGGCCCCCCAGGUGACCUGGGUCUUCGGGGACUUCCUGGAUUCACUGGUCCUAAAGGUGACCGGGGGCUGGCAGGACCCCCUGGAGAGACUGGAGCAAAAGGUGAACGGGGACUCCCUGGUCCAGUGGGACCCCAGGGGCCACUGGGGCUUGCUGGAAAUCCUGGAGCCAGGGGUCCUGAAGGGCCACCAGGACCUGCCGGCCGCCGAGGAGAGAAGGGAGAACCUGGCCGCCCUGGGGACCCUGCGAUAGUGACACCUACUGGUGCUGGAGCCAAAGGAGAGAAGGGAGAUGUGGGGCCCCCUGGGCCCAGAGGAGCUGCAGGAGUCAAAGGAGGGCCAGGCCCACCUGGGUUGGCUGUUCCUGGAGAUCCUGGCCCCAAGGGAGACCCUGGAGACCAAGGUCCCAUUGGCUUCACUGGCAGACCAGGACCCCCAGGUGACUCAGGGCAUCCUGGAGAAAAAGGAGAGCCAGGGCGGCCUGGCCCUUCUGGACCUGUUGGCCCUCAAGGACGUGAUGGUCAAGUUGGAGAGAAAGGUGACGAGGGUCCCCCGGGUGACCCAGGUUUGCCUGGGAAAUCGGGAGAGCGUGGCCUUCGGGGGGUACCUGGAGCCCCAGGGCCUGUGGGUGAGAAGGGAGACCCCGGAGACCCUGGAGAGGAUGGGCGAAAUGGCAUCCCUGGACCGGUGGGACCUAAGGGUGACCGUGGGGAGCCGGGCCCACCGGGACUCCCUGGACCACUGGUGGAGGCAGCGCUUGGCGUCAGAGAGAAGGGAGAACCUGGCGAGCGUGGCCAGGAGGGUCCUCGAGGACCCAAGGGUGACCCUGGCCCUCCUGGAGCCUCUGGGGAGAGGGGCAUUGAUGGGCUUCGAGGGCCCCCAGGCCUGCAGGGGGACCCAGGUGUCCGAGGCCCAGCGGGAGAAAAGGGUGACCGGGGCCCUACUGGGCUGGAUGGCCGGAGUGGGCUGGAUGGCAAACCAGGCACACCUGGACCUCCUGGGGAGCCAGGUGCUAUUGGCAAAGCCGGGGAGCCAGGGAGAGACGGGCUUCCAGGCCUCCGAGGAGAGCACGGGCUCCCUGGCCCCUCUGGCCCCCCUGGAGCACCGGGAAAGCCGGGCGAGGAUGGCAAGCCUGGCCUGAAUGGGAAGAAUGGACAACCUGGUGACCCUGGAGAAGCCGGGAGGAAGGGAGAGAAGGGAGAGUCAGGUGCUCCCGGGAGAGAAGGUCAUGAUGGCCCCAAGGGUGAGCGUGGAGCUCCUGGGGGCCCUGGCCCCCAGGGCCCUCCAGGUCUUCCAGGGCAGGUUGGCCUUCCUGGCCAGGGUUUUCCUGGUGUCCCAGGAAGCGUGGGCCCCAAGGGUGACCGUGGGGAGACUGGAUCUAAAGGGCAACAGGGCCUCCCUGGAGAGCGUGGUCCCAGAGGAGAACCUGGGAGUGUGAACCCGGCGAAUGUGGACCGGAUACUGGAAACUGUUGGCAUCAAAACCUCUGUCCUGAGGGAGAUUGUGGAGACCUGGGAUGAGAGCUCUGGCAGCCUGCUGCCUAUGCCAGAUCGGUGUCGAGGCUCCAAGGGGGACCCAGGCCAGCAAGGUCCCCCAGGCAAAGAGGGUCCCAUUGGCUUUCCUGGAGAACGUGGACUUAAAGGAGAUCGUGGAGACCCUGGGCCCCAGGGGCCACCUGGUUUAGCCCUUGCAGAGAGAGGGCCCCCUGGACCUCCUGGCCUUGCUGGGGAGCCUGGAAAGCCUGGCAUUCCUGGACUCCCAGGCCAGGCUGGAGCUGUGGGAGAGGCAGGGCGGCCAGGAGAGAGGGGAGAGCGGGGUGAGAAAGGAGAACGCGGAGAACAAGGCAGAGAUGGCCUUCCUGGCCUCCCUGGACCCCCUGGCCCUCCUGGCCCCAAGGUGGCCACUGAUGAACCAGGUGCUGGACUUACUAGAGAACAAGGACCUCCUGGAUUCAAGGGUGCUAAGGGGGAGCCAGGCAGAGAUGGUGACCAAGGUCUGAAAGGAGACAGGGGUGUGCCAGGCAUCAAGGGAGACAGGGGAGAGCCUGGACAGAGAGGUCUUGAUGGCAGCCCGGGUCUGCCAGGAGAGCGCGGUGUGGCUGGGCAUGAAGGGAAGCAGGGUUUGCAGGGCCCCAGGGGAGCCCCAGGCCCAGUGGGUGGCCACGGAGACCCUGGACCACCUGGUGCCCCAGGUCUCACUGGCCCCGUGGGACCCCAGGGACCUUCUGGCCCGAAGGGAGAGCCUGGAGAGACAGGACCCCCGGGACGGGGCCUGCCUGGACCUGUGGGACCUGUGGGACUUCCUGGCCCUCCUGGCUCCUCCGGCCUUGUGGGUCCGCAGGGGGCACCAGGUUUGCCUGGACAAGUGGGGGAAACUGGGAAGCCAGGAGCCCCAGGUCGUGACGGUGCCAAUGGGAAGGAUGGAGACAGAGGAGGCCCUGGUGCUCCGGGGUUACCAGGCCUGCCUGGCCCUGUUGGACCUAAGGGAGAGGCUGGACCGAUGGGGCCCCCUGGACAGGUGAUGGUCGGGCCUCCUGGAGCAAAGGGAGAGAAGGGAGCCCCAGGAGACCUUGCUGGAGACCUGGUGCGAGAGCCGGGGCCCAAAGGUGACCGAGGACUUCCAGGGCCACGGGGCGAGAAGGGUGAAGCUGGUCGUGCAGGCGAGCCUGGAGACCCUGGGGAAGAUGGUCAAAAAGGGGCUCCUGGACUGAAAGGUUACAAGGGUGAUCCAGGAGUUGGGGUCCAAGGCCCCCCUGGGCUAACUGGUCCUCCAGGAAUAAAGGGAGACCCAGGCCCCCCUGGCUCUCCUGGUGCUCCUGGAAUUGUUGGGCUCCCUGGCCAGACAGGCCCUCGAGGAGAGAUAGGCCAGCCAGGUCCUGGUGGAGAGCGGGGUUUGGCAGGACUCCCAGGCAGAGAAGGUGCCCCAGGCCCCUUGGGGCCACCCGGACUGCCAGGGUUACCGGGAGCGCCUGGAGCCUCUGGACUCAAAGGAGACAAGGGAGACCCUGGGAUAGGGCUGCCCGGGCCUCGAGGAGAGCGUGGAGAGCCAGGUGUCCGGGGGGAAGAUGGCCACCCCGGCCAGGAGGGACCCCGAGGACUCAUGGGGCCCCCAGGAAGCCGGGGGGACCAGGGGCAAAAGGGUGACGCUGGAACUGCAGGCCCAAAGGGUGACAAGGGUGACUCAGCUGUGAUUGAGGGGCCUCCAGGACCGCGAGGUGCUAAGGGGGACAUGGGUGAACGAGGGCCUCGAGGCCUAGAUGGUGACCAAGGACCUCGGGGAGACAGUGGGAACCCUGGUGACAAGGGUGCCAAGGGAGAACCUGGUGAGAGGGGCGUGGCUGGGUCAGUGGGAGUUCGUGGACUCAUGGGACCCAAGGGUGAGCCUGGUGCUCCAGGAACUGCUGGUGACCCGGGACCCCCAGGAAAAGAUGGAGCGCCUGGUUCCCAAGGAGACAAGGGAGAUGUUGGCUUCAUGGGUCCCCGGGGCAUCAAGGGUGAACGAGGGGUGAAGGGAGCCUGUGGUCUUGACGGAGAGAAGGGAGACAAGGGGGAAGCUGGUCUCCCAGGCCGCCCAGGGCUGGCAGGACGAAAAGGAGAGACUGGGGAUCCUGGUGUGCCAGGCCAGUCUGGGGCACCUGGCAAAGAGGGCCUGAUCGGUCCUAAGGGUGACAGAGGCUUUGAUGGGCAAUCAGGACCCAAGGGUGACCAGGGUGAGAAGGGAGAGCGGGGAUCCCCAGGAAUUGGGGGCUUCCCAGGUCCUAGGGGCAAUGAUGGCUCCAGUGGUCCCCCAGGCCCUCCUGGCAGUGUUGGUCCUAGAGGCCCUGAAGGACUUCAGGGCCAGAAGGGUGAGCGAGGUCCCCCUGGAGAGAGUGUGGUGGGGGCCCCUGGGCCCCCUGGGACUCCAGGCGAGAGAGGGGAACAGGGGCGGCUUGGUCCUCCAGGCCCACGUGGUGAGAAGGGAGAAGCUGCAUUGACGGAGGAUGACAUUCGGGGCUUUGUGCGUCAGGAGAUGAGUCAGCACUGCGCCUGCCAGGGCCAGUUUAUCGCAUCGGGAUCCCGACCCCUCCCCAGUUACACUGCAGACAUGGCUGGCCCCAAGAGCCCCCGGCUGGUGCCUGUGCUGCAGGUCUCCCACACGGAAGAGGACCAAGUACCCCCUGAAGAUGAUGAAUUCUCCGAAUACUCCGAGUAUUCAGUGGAGGAAUACCAGGACCCUGAACUUCCUUGGGACAGCGAAGACCCCUGCUCUCUGCCGCUGGAUGAGGGCUCCUGCACUGCCUACACCCUGCGCUGGUACCAUCGAGCUGUGCCAGGAGGCAAGGAGGCCUGUCAUCCCUUUGUCUAUGGUGGCUGUGGAGGGAAUGCCAACCGUUUCGGGACCCGUGAGGCCUGUGAGCGCCACUGUCCACCACGAGUGGUCCAAAGCUCCAGAGCAGGUGCUGCGAGGAGCUAAGGCCACUGUGCUGGGCUGGUGUUCAGCAUCCCCUCAAGGGGCCAUGUGUGGUCUUCCCAUUGGUGCUACGAAGCCAGUGUGCCUGUGAGCAUGGCGGUCAUGUCCGUUAUUUCAGUGACUGGGUCCUGCGGGUCAAGGACACACACAAACCCCCAUUGUGGCAAAUGAUGCACGGUGGGGUCAGCGGUGGCAGUGAGCAGAUGUGACUAGUGUCUGAUGGUCCCUGGACCCAAACCCGUGAUACUAUGGUGCUGAUUCUGGGGAGGCCAUUAAAGCUGCUGUUUUUAAAAGGC